GGGAGCGAUGUGAACGUUCAAAGGGUUGGAUGGAAGCGCCCUCCCUUCGAGUGACCCUAAGGGCUCGCUGGAUAAUGCGCCUGCUGUGGGCUAGCGUGUGCUUUGCGGAUAUUCCUGAAGCAGAUACUCCGAUGCUUCGGGCAGGCCUAGGAAGGCACAGCACAGGAAUGGUUGAGGUUCUAUCGGUGUUGAGAAACCGAUUGACUGCUUGGAGAGUGACAGAAGCAGAGGAAAGAACAGUGGUAACCCACAUGCAUGAAGAGGUUUAGGCAGACGGAGGACAUUGUGCAGGGUAGUGAAUAUUAACAAAUGGAGAACUAUUUCCAGGCUGAAGCAUUUAACCUGGACAAGGUGUUGGAUGAAUUUGAGCAGAAUGAAGAUGAGACUGAGUCACCAGGUAUAUUUGAGGCAAAGUGGAGUCAGAUUUUGGAUCCACCCUCUCACUUGCUAUCACUAAAUCCAGCCUUGUCCAAUGUGAAUGUGGGAGCAUUGUCCAGUGAGGUACAAGCAAGACUAAAAUGCCAUUCUUCACCUAAAUCCAAAAUCGCAGUGUUUGGAAGAGCGGAUCAUUGUCUUAAUGGAAAUGAUGCCACAGCAAAUCUACCGCUUGAUAUGCAGGGAAUUAAUGACGAAGGAGUCCCUGUGAGGAACAAAAACAAUAAUUAUGAGCAUUGGCCAAAUUCUUCUGAAUCAUCAGCAAAGUCUACUUGUGAAAAUGAACUGAGCUUUUCUGAAGGUAUGAAUUCUUCAAAUAUAUUUGGGUUAGUUGUACAGAAUUCUGACAGCCAACCAGCACAGUGUGGUGUCCUAUUGCAGGAAGACAACUCAAACAGCCAAAAUAUGUUGAAUGUUAACAGCUUUAUAAUAGAAAACACAAAUCUGCAAAGUGGCCAAUUGUUAUCUGACAUGAAUGGUCAAACUGAGAAGACUCUUACAAUGAAAAAUAUUGAACAAUUAAACACACUCUGUACAGAUGAGCUGUCUGUAAAAUCUUCAUUUGAAAAUUUAAGGAACUGUACAGAUUUGGAAAAUGUAUCGCCUAAUUCAAAGGAGUCUUGGAUAGUGGAUGAUUUAUCAGUUGUUUGUGAACGACAUGUAUUAUCUGGGUUGGAUUGUGCUACUGGCAGAAAUGAAUUAAAUGAUUCAUUCUCUAGAAAAACUGAAGUAAAUGAUGCUGCUAUAAAACUUGGAGAUGAGUCACUAACACACGUUGAAAAUAAUACAGUUGUAAAAACUGGAAAUGAUGUAGAUGGAAGCCUGGAUGAAAUAGCUAAUACACAGACAUUGGGUGACCUGGAUAAUUUUACUGGGCUAAAAAUGGACUCUGAGAAAAUGCAAUCUCAACAAUCUGAGAUCUGUUCUGUUAGCAAGCCAAAUCUGACAGCAAUACAAUAUAACACGUCAAAUAAUGGUAAUUGUGGAGAUGAUGGUUACCACUUUGAGAAUGACAUCAGUAGGUUGAGUGUAAGUGUUUGUCAAAGAAACACUGAAAGCAAUGAUGUUCCGUUCAUGCAGGGAUGUACCACUGACUUGUCUUAUCAGUCACAUAGAAUAUCAUCUCAGUCUGAAGCAACAUUUGGUCAAGUAACUCAGUGCAUGAGACAAAGCAAUCAUGAAGCACUGGAAGAUGAUGCAUUAUUACAAAACAGGAUUAUGAAGAAAGACUCUGGAAAUAAUGGUGAGAUUGUUUUAGAUCUAACAAAGCCAUUGGCAGACUCUGUGAUUCCUGUUGAAGAUUGGUCGGAAGGAUCAAAUAUCUUGUGUGGUAAUAUGAAGGAACAGGUGUCAGCACCUUACUGUUCAUGUGAUGGAUUGGAUUCUACAUCCAUUCCAAGUUCAACCACAGCUUGUAUUUCUAAAUCUUUGCCUUUAAAGGAAGAUUCAGUUACUGAAGAGAAGGAGAUUGAGGAGAGCAAGUCAGAGUGUUACAACUACACUCAACACCGGGAAAACGAUGCAAUGGAAGUAGGAGUGACUAAUGGCUUGACCACAUUAACUAUUUCUAGUGAUAUUGCUGAUCAAUUGAAAGACAAUUAUUUUAACACUCCCACCCAGUCUGCGACAGUAACUUGUGCACGUGAAAAUGCGGCAAAAUUAGCUCUAAAUAAUGCACAACCAGUCAGUAUUCCAUUUGGAGGCGCUCGACCUAAGCAACCUUUGAACCUGAAAUUACAGAUCCCAAAACCUUUGACCAACCAACUAUUGAAUGACUUGGGCUCAACCAACCCAGUGAACAAUGCAAAAAACAAAAAUGUAGGUUUUAUUGAUAAAACAGACCCCCCUGAAGAUUCUUCCUUGUGUUCUUUGAAUGGUGGUGCUUUAGUACCAGAUUGCAGCAUUAAUGGUGAUGAAUUAGGUUUGUGUUAUGCUGGGGCUUCCAAAGAAAUCAACUCCGAUUAUACUUUGGGAUCUGAAAGUCCGGAUAACGACCUACGAGCUGGACAGUUUUCGGGAGCCCUCAGAAAGCCAUUUACAACUCUAGGUGAUGUAGCUCCAGUAUGGGUACCAGAUUCCCAAGCACCAAACUGCAUGAAAUGUGAGCUGAAGUUCACAUUUACAAAAAGGCGUCACCACUGCAGAGCUUGUGGAAAGGUUUUCUGUGCAGCAUGUUGCAGUCUGAAGUGCAAGCUAAGUUAUAUGGACAUGAAAGAGGCCCGAGUUUGUGUAACUUGCCAUACUGUUCUUUCAAAUUCUCAAGCCUGGGAGAAUAUGUUUAGUGCCUCGGCUUCAAGCCCAAAUCCCAACAAUCCUGCUGAGUAUUGUUCUACUAUUCCACCACUGCAACAAGCUCAGGCCUCCGGGGCACUGAGUUCUCCGCCACCCACAGUCAUGGUACCUGUGGGAGUUCUGAAACACCCAGGCACAGAAGUGACUCAGCCCAAGGAGCAAAGGCGUGUUUGGUUUGCUGAUGGAAUCUUACCUAAUGGGGAAGUUGCAGAUGCAGUGAAAUUGUCAGCAAGUGGACCAUCCCCGACAGGACCUCUGGCAGUAUCACAUGAUCCUGGAAAAGAAGUUGCAACCAAACCUACAGCUUCUGAGAAUGUGGCUACAUCAUUGACUGGUAGUACAGCUCAGAUUGGCAGUCCUGUUGGAAGUUCAAUUAAUUUAGUCCCAGAAGACGGGCUCCCACCCAUACUUAUCUCCACAGGUGUCAAAGGAGAUUAUGCAGUAGAAGAACAACCGUCACAGAUCUCUUUAAUGCUGCAGUUGGAAGAAGGAGGCCCUGACCCCUUGGUUUUUGUGUUAAAUGCCAACUUGCUUGUUAUGGUCAAACUUGUCAACUAUGUGAACAGGAAAUGUUGGUCCUUCACUACCAAGGGAAUGCAUGCUAUGGGGCAGGCAGAGAUUGUCAUCCUCUUGCAGUGUUUACCCGAUGAGAAAUGCAUCCCAAAGGACAUCUUCAGUCACUGCAUACAACUUUAUCAGGAUGCUCUGGCAGGUAAUGUGGUGGGAGAUUUGGGUCAUUCCUUCUUUACCCAGAGUUUUCUUGGCAGUAGAGAACAUGGUGGAUUCCUGUAUGUUACAGCUACUUUUCAGUCCAUGCAGGACCUGGUCCUUCCCAACCCACCUUAUCUGUUUGGCAUUCUAAUUCAGAAAUGGGAAACUCCUUGGGCUAAGGUUUUCCCCAUCCGCCUUAUGCUACGUCUUGGAGCAGAAUAUAGAUUUUACCCAUGUCCGUUGUUCAGUGUGCGUUUUCGUAAACCUCUGUUUGGAGAGACUGGACAUACAAUUAUGAACCUACUUGCAGAUUUUAGGAAUUACCAGUACAAGUUACCUGUCGUGCAGGGGCUUGUUGUGGACAUGGAAGUGAGGAAGACAUGUAUCAACAUUCCCAGCAAUCGAUACAAUGAGAUGAUGAAAGCAAUGAACAAAUCCAAUGAGCACGUGUUAGCGUUUGGAGCUUGCUUCAAUGAGAAGGCAGAUUCACACUUGGUGUGUGUUCAGAAUGAUGACGGGAACUACCAAACACAGGCCAUCAGUAUCCACAACCAGACCAGAAAGAUCACGGGAGCCAGCUUCUUUGUGUUCAGUGGUGCGCUGAAAUCAUCUUCUGGCUACCUGGCCAAGUCUAGUAUUGUAGAAGAUGGUAUGAUGGUACAGAUCUCAGCUGAAACAAUGGAUUCUCUGCGACAGGCACUACGAGAGAUGAAAGAUUUUACAAUAACAUGUGGCAAAACUGAUGCAGAAGAACCACAGGAACAUGUUCACAUCCAGUGGACAGAAGAUGACAAAAAUAUCAACAAGGGUGUUGUCAGUCCAAUUGAUGGAAAAUCCAUGGAUGAAAUUGCAAGUGUGAAGAUAUUUCAUGGGUCAGAAUUCAAAACAAAUGGCAAGGUCAUCAGAUGGACAGAGGUGUUCUUCCUGCAGAGCGAGGACCAACCCAGUGGUCUAAGUGACCCAGCUGAUCAUAGCAAACUUACAGAGAAUGUGGCUAAGGCGUUUUGCUUAGCGUUAUGUCCCCAUCUUAAGCUGCUGAAAGAAGAUGGGAAGGCAAAACUGGGUCUCCGCGUCACACUUGAUUCAGACCAGGUUGGAUAUCAAGCUGGUAGUAAUGGACAGCCCCUUCCUUCACAGUAUGUGAAUGACCUGGACAGUGCUUUGGUCCCCAUAAUCCAUGGUGGAGCUUGUCAGCUGAGUGAAGGGUCAGUUGUGAUGGAGCUCAUCUUUUACAUCUUGGAGAGUUUCUCUUAGAAACCUGAAAAAGUUUUUCCUUCUCACUGAUGGUGUGCUUUGCUCCAUGAUUAAAAACAUUUGCACUUUAAACUGUUGAUAUGAUAAUAUUGAACUGGUGCUCCAUUAUUGCUGAAUCUACUAUGCACCAUGGACCAUUGUGGUUAAUGUAAUGCAGGUCAGGGUACCUGUCUUUCAACUUUCCAUAAAGGGUGGACUGAUACUGUACUGAAGCAUGAAAAAUUGAAUUUCUGCUACUAGUUUACAUUGCCUGGAUUGACAGCAUAUCAUUCUUGAGGAUUUUUAGACUGGUUUGCAAGUUGAAUGAAAAUGAGAACACAUCAGAGGUUAUAGUGACACUACAUCAUAUGAGGACGGUAUAAGAGAUGCAUUGGUGACACCAAUACUCACUGACCUCAAUAUCACUACUUUCCUUAAACAAUCAGCAGUUAAUCUAUUUGGUUUGUAUAUAAUGUAUGUACGUCUGACGUUUUGAAGCACUUAACCUAUGCCUUGUAUGCCACAUAAUGGGAACAUUGUGGUAAUCUCUAGCCAUGAAAUAAAAGUAAUGUAUAGUCUAAAAGUAAAAGAUCUUUUAAUGACUUCCUCAGCCAUACUGCAUUUGGUAUCAGCUGUAUUAACUGUAUUUGCUGGUGCAUGAGCACCUCAGGUAAUAACUGUUCAAAUAAACAGGGAUCAGUGUUUAAAGCCUCCAUGGAAGGAAACUGCUUCUAUUAUGGACAGUCGCCCAAGUACAGAAAAGUAUUCUUGGUGCUGGCAUGAAGCAGAAUCUUGGGCAAAUGAAUUCCUGUAAGUAAAUGUAAAAUGUGGUUAUUUAAAAGCCAAAUACUCUGUAUAUUUGUUUUCUUGCAUUUAGAAACAUCUGCAAUUCAAGAAUAGUUAAUAUAAAGGAAAUAAAUGUUUCCUUUAUUUAAAAAGAAUUGUAGCAUUGGCUUAAGAAUUAGCAAGUAGCUGUUAUCUCUUAGUCUAGCCUAUUUCCUUCAACUGUAUAUUACUGUUUGAAUGGAAAUGUGGUUUUACCUUGCAUAUAAGAGACAAAUAUACAGAAUCAUUGUACAUUUAGAUGAAAUGCUGUUCCAUUUCCUUGUUUUUCUAUUGGCAGUAGUCAAAUGUGCACUUUAGAAACUGAUUACAAAUAAAUGGUUUCCUAAUAAAA